UGGGCUCAAGAGUCAGAGGAGGUGAUACUGGGGUUGGAAAGUAGGGAAAGUGUAACAGCGGUGAGGGCGUAUUUUACAGGUUGAUGUCUUGACAACGCGAAGUUUGUCGCUUGCAUAAAUCUCACGGAAGCGAGUACUGAGAGGAGGAAAACCCCAGUGAAUGCCAAAUUUGGGAAGCGGGGUGGAGGAAAUGGCAUUUCAGCUGUUUUUGCUGCCCGAGCGCGGCGCUGCUGCUGGUGGUGACGCCUGAAGGGACCUUUAGUAAAGCGGGAUAUAUCUCUAGCAGCUGAAGAUGGUGAAUUCAAGUGUUUUAUUAUCGUCAUGGCAAACGGAACCGGCAGCAUCAUGUUGAAAUGCGUGGUCGUCGGCGACGGCGCCGUUGGAAAAACUUGUCUGCUGAUGAGCUAUGCCAACGACGCCUUUCCUGAGGAAUAUGUGCCCACUGUCUUUGAUCAUUAUGCAGUGAGUGUGACGGUUGGGGGAAAACAGUACCUGCUGGGGCUGUAUGACACUGCUGGUCAGGAGGACUAUGAUCGCCUGCGACCCCUGUCCUACCCCAUGACAGAUGUCUUUCUCAUUUGCUUCUCUGUGGUGAAUCCAGCCAGCUUCCAGAACGUGAGAGAGGAGUGGGUCCCUGAGCUGCAGGAGUAUGCACCCAACGUCCCUUACUUGCUCAUUGGUACUCAGAUUGACCUGCGGGAUGACCCCAAGACUAUUGCCAAGCUGAACGAUGUGAAGGAAAAGCCCAUUGUGACAGAACAGGGCCAAAAGCUAGCCAAGGAGAUUGGUGCCUGCUGUUAUGUUGAAUGCUCAGCACUGACACAGAAAGGCCUGAAGACUGUGUUCGAUGAGGCCAUUAUAGCCAUUCUGGCUCCUAAGAAAGGUGCGCUCAAGCGAAGACUGGGCCCACGCUGCAUCAACUGCUGCCUCAUCACAUGAUACACCAGCUCAGGGGCACCAGUGAAAGAAAGCAAGAACUGACAACCAACCAGAUUUCAAUCUGACUUCUGAACAAAAAAAUGGUGAACCAAUGGGCCCAGUCACCUACGACUGAAAUAUGAAAAGUCCAAGUUAUGGGCGAAUGACAAGAAGAACCGACAAAAAGACACAUUGUUCAGGGAGAAAUGACAAAGGAACACUAAACAUUGAGAUGGAAUACAAAGAAAACGGACAAAAUGAUUUAUUGAACAUUCAAGCACACAGAACAGAUGUCGGAGACACCCUUUCUAAUGACUAAGAACAAUCAAACCGUAUUUCUGUGUCUGGCUCAUCAAGCAUGAGUUCAUUUGAGAGACGAAACCCAGGCAAGCCUAAACAG